AUGGCACCUAAGAUUCAGAAAGUUGCGGUCGCCGGCGCGACUGGUCACGUUGGCAGCCAUGUAUUGAAGGCUCUGAUCCAGGAUGGGUUCCAAGUCACUGUCCUCACUCGAAAGGAGGGGAAUUUCCCAGCAGGAGUUACCGUCAAGGUGGUCGACUAUACUUCAUCUGACGCCAUCAAGGAGGCUCUGCAGGGGAACGAGGCGUUCGUCGACUGCACUCUUGUUCAAGACGACACCCCGACGCGAAUGAUGGACGCAGCCGCCGCAGCUGGGAUCUACCGAUACAUCCCGUCCGACUUCAGUCUGGACUCCAAUAACCCCAAGCCACACACCCUACCGAUUUGGUUCAAGAAAGACGCCAAUGACAAGUAUCUCCUGAAGAAGUGCCAAGACACCGGCAUGACAUGGAGUAUCAUCUGCAACGGUGCAUUCCUGGAUUUCUGCCUACGCACCGGGUUCCUCAACAUCGACAUUUACAAGAAGACGAUCGACUACAUGAACGACGGAAACAACGUCAUCCCUUGGACUACCCUCGAGACUGUCGGAAAGGCUGUCUCUGGAACUCUAUCUCACCCUGCCGAGACUGAAAACCGCGCCGUUUAUGUUCACUCAGUCAACAAGAGCCAGAGGGAGAUGGCCGACCUUUGCAAAGAGGCGUUGGGUUCCGACGGAUGGCAGGAGUCCGAGUCAAACAUGGAGGAGAGAUUUGCUGCAGCUCUGGCGAAGCUUCAAUCUGGACAGUUUGACCUGGGUGUUUUGGCGGACAUGAUCAGAUAUGCCAACUCAAAGCCUGACUUCUCAUCGCCAUGGAAGCAGAGUGACAAUGAGUUGCUUGGCGUCAAGGCCUUGUCGGAUGCUGAGCUUAAGGACUUGAUCAAGGCGGUUGAAGCAGAGAGAAACUGA